UCCUAAUCACCUGAACUAGGACAUGCAGGAUGGCCCCGCUAGAGUCCUUCGUGGCGUGAGAGCUGAGAGCUGAGGAUGACAACCAAAUGCACCAAAAGCCUGAACCGAAUCGAAUCCUGAGAGCUAUUUACUGCAUCUAUACGGAAUGCGCCCUCGAAAUUGCUGUGCUCUGGCCUUUCAAUGCACUUAUUUUUUUUUAUUGAACAUGGGACCGCCUCGCAUUCUCCUAUGCUCUUCGUGUUCUAUUCUGUUGCAACAUUGGUAUGGUUAUUGUUGCAAAUUAUCACGCUUCACUGCUUGAUCAGAAUAUGCUGCUCCCGCGACCGAACCCCCAGCUUUUCGCUUCCAUCGAUCUUUUCGUCCUACCUAAGCCAUAUGCAACGUAUUUGUCCGCUUAAGGCAAUGGCUUGGGGGAUUUGCCGAACAACUGAAUCUGGAGAGCAGCAACUGCUUAGGUGUUUGGCAUCUGAUUCAUCUCCUCUCCCACUUUCCUUCGCAUUCUUAGCGCGCUUGAUUACUCUGGAGUCGAAUGUUACUGGCUACGUCUUUCUUUUGUAACAACAUGCUUUCAGCUUCUCCAGACCUCAGCUCACCAUUACCGAUCACAGCGUCUAACCAUCAAGCCUAGUCACCGCCGGGCUCCUGUAGGUGCAUCCGAUGUCCUCCUUUCUCCUCUAUAAAGGUUG